AGAAAACGCGAUCGUUCGCUGUAUGUGAUGGGUAGGCAGUGGCAGCUGCUCUCGUUAACGCAAGCGAAGCGGAGUUUUAGAUCCGUCUUAUUAGCGAGCCGGUGAUUUCCCGGUAAGCAGCUUUCCCGCAGCCGCAGCAGCUGAGACUCGCGUUUCAUACAAACCUUUAAACGUGUCGUUUCAAUGACGCGGUGUGACGCGUUGAGCCGAGGAGCGUUUCCUGAACGGCUAGGUUUCAGUGUAAAUGACUCACAGACUAACACUUCUCUGUCUGUGUUCACGUGGAAAUAUACGUCUCUUUAAGACGACGACAGUCGGUUCUGUGUGGCUCUUUAACGGCUGUUUUUAACGCCUGACGGUUUCGCUGGAGCUCGUUUCGUCGGUUUAUUAGUGUACUGGAUAUACACAGAUGGCACCGUUUGUUGAAAAUAAGGCAAAACGAAAGCAAGGCGAAGAGAAGAUGCCUCAACCCAAAGUGAAGCUGGUGGUGACAGGAGAUGAUUUUGGGUACUGCGAGAGAAGAAACCAAGGGAUUGUGGAUUGCUUCAAAGCUGGUGGGAUCUCCAAUGUCUCUCUUCUGGUCAAUGCUGUCUCAGCGCAGCACGCGGCAGAGCUGGCUAAAAGGAAUCACAUCCCCAUUGGACUCCAUGCAAAUCUCUCAGAGGGUCUUCCAGUGUCUCAGGAUCUAAAGGGCUCAACGCUCCUCAACAAGGAUGGGUUCUUCCAUGGCAAGAUGGGCUUCAGGGAGGUUUUGCAGAGUGGUCAGCUCAAGAUGUCAGAGGUGGAGGCGGAGCUCAGAGCCCAGGUAAAUCGAUUUUAUGAACUGGUUGGCCACAUGCCCUACCAUAUGGACGGCCACCAGCAUGUGCACAUUCUGCCAGAGGUGCGAGAGGUGUUUGCACAGGUUCUUUCUGAUUUUGGAAUCACCUACACGCGGGUGCCCAUAGAACCCGGUCUUAAAUUUUGCACCUUCCUCCCACCGCAUCUGAGAGACUUCAAUGCACAGGUUGAAAAAGACGCCCUUGAAUCUAUCGAGGUCUUUCAUCGCCAUGGAAUUAGAUGGCCUGACGUAUACCUGGGCCUAAGCACCAUGGGUAAGAACAUGUCCGAGACCAACCUGAAACGUGCUUUGGGCUUCGCGCUGGAAGCUUCACUAGAUGACCGCGUGACCUCCCCAUUGAUACAGUCCAAUGAAGCCGCGACCGACUCCUACCGCCUGGUUACAGCAGAGCUCAUGGUGCAUCCGGGAUAUCCAAGUCAGCCUCACCAGGGCGGCUGUGGAGAAGGACCGGACGACUUCUCACAGUCUGCAGACCGACCGCACGAACUGAAUAUUUUGAGGGACCCUUUGGUGCUUAACUACUACAGGCAACAGGGGAUCCACCUCUGUGCCUUUAAAGACUUUUAAACACUUAGAGUGAAGUAUUUGGGGCACUGUUAAACUGAAGGCCUUCCGCUUUAAGAUCUCCACCCAUACCUCAAUUAGUCAGUAGGGUACGAGUGCUUGGUUUGGGAAAGACAGAAAAAUCUGCAUCAUUGUGCUGCUUCCAUAGCCUAUACGAAACAAUUUGAAGCUGCUACUCUAAGUAGAGCCAAAACUGAAUUGUGCUAAUUAUUUAACAGAAACACAAGAUACUCUCAGAUUGACCUGUUUUUAAAACUUCAGCUAUUAUAUUGACCCAUUUUAAAAUUGUACAAAAAGACAUUUAGUUCACUUUAUUUAGCAGCCAGCCGUGUCAACAUGGAAAGCUGCGUCCUUAUACUAGGUGUGAUUUUUAUCUGGAUUUGUUUCUGAAGAUUUUGCCUCAUUUGAGCAAGUUUCUCUCAAAUCCAGAUAUUAUGGAAGAGAACUGUAAAUUAUAUUUAAAAACAUAUUUAUGACUGUAACAAACUACAUGUAGCAGUUACUUUAUAUAUUUAAAUUUUUUUAAAUUUUUGGGUACGUUUUUAACAAAUUUAUUUAUGAUAUUUUUGUGAACCUGAAAUAAAGAGAGUUCAUUUUA